CCUUCCUCCUCCUCGGAAAGCAAAAGAAGGCAGGGAAAGCUUCGGCCUCGGUCUCUUCGUUCGUUCGUCGUCAGUGGCGAUUCCCCCUCCCUCCGGCCGCCAAAGGUCAGUGACGAUUUCCCUCCCUUCUCUCCCUCUCCUCUGCCAUCGUCCCCGCCGACGAUCCGUGCACGCCACGGCCCAACACAUACGGCCAAACCCUAGCAAUGCCAAUGCAAACUCUCGACAAAACCAAUGCUGUGAAAGCUGUUCAUUCUGAAGAUAAUGGUGAAAGAACAGAUAUAUCAGAGUCAUCAGAUGCAGUUGAGUGGGACCCAUGGGACCCCCCGGAUCCUCCUCGUCCUCCUUUUCCACCCACAGCAGACUUUACGAGCAAGGUUCAAUUGAUCAAACAGUAUGGAUUUCAAGUACGGGCUGCACUUGCUGCCUCCAGGUCCACAAAUAUAAUUGCCCCAGACCGUACUCCUCAGGAGGUGCUCUUUAAAUUUUGUCAAAUAUCCAGUGAACUGGGUCUCAUCCUUAAAAGAGAUAGUGUUCGGAGCUUCCUCAGACUGUAUGGGGAAAAUUUGGAUUGCAUGGCUUGGGGUUUGAUCAUCACCCCUCAAACAUUCGACUUCAUUGUUGCACACAAUGCCCUGCGUUGUGCUAAGGUUGUUUUAGAGGGCAAGGCGCCUAAGCUCUACGAGAUGCGUGCCAACCCCAACUGCAUGAGUAACUAUGGGUACUUCCCCCUCCAUCAAGCUGCUGAAACUUUCUCUGUUGACAUGAUUAAGUUGCUGCUUCGCUAUGGUGCAUCGGCGAAUUUACGCACAUCGGGCCAAAAGGUCAUCGAGGGCCUCCUCCCACUCCAUGUUGCCAUUGAGAACACUUGCAUGCACAAGUAUCUUGAGGACAAUCUAUUAACUGACCAGAAGCACAAACAAGUGGAUUUUGACUUCAUCUACAAGCUUGUCCAUCUGCUUUGUCUGCCUGAGAUGAAGAUCUUCUUGGACACGACCAGACUGCUUGCAGACUACACAGAUAAUGUUCUUGAUGAACUAUGGAAUUACAUUAAGGAGGGAAAGCUUGUCCAUGCAGCUAUUUUGCUCCUUGCAGCUCAACGGAAAAUUCGUACAUGUGCUUCCUCUAAGAGAAACACCAACCAUAACCUGAGUGGGUUUGAUAUUAUCAAGGAUCGUAUUACGGGAUCCAUCAUUUCCAUAGAAACAGAAGGGCCUGGACUAACAGGUGGUAAAAAUAGCAAGGCACGUAAACAGCAGGAUGAUAUGCGAAUGUUUUUUCGUAAUGCAUUGGUGCUUAAUUCUAUGAUUUCUGAAGCUGGUGAAGCUCUUGAUGAAUAUAUCCAGACUCAUUCAGAGGUAUCUCACCGGGGUGUCCUUGGAAAUAUUUCAUCAAUUCUCAAGGAUCAUGGCGUUGCUCCUACUGGAAAAGGAAUUAACAUAGGAGACCUGAAAUGCUGUCCCUAUGACUGCGAAGAGUCAGAUAGUGUGCUAAAGUGCAAACAUGAAGAUUCUGGCAUGACCAAGGCAUCUGGAGAAUCGCCUAAUCGGAAUGUUGAAGCUAAAAAUGCUGUUGGAAAUAAAUUACCAAGUAGACAAGAACUUGAACAAACAAGGAAUAUGUUCUUCCCAUAUUGGAGAUCAGUGUUAACAUCUCGCUUUACUGUAAAACUCUUCCCAUCCUAUGCGCCCAUGGAUGACUGUCAGCCAUCUCUUCCAAAGCUUUAUAUGGCCGGUGGUUCUGGAAAUAAACUGAAGGAUAAAGGGUCUUUUCCAGUUGAUGUUGGUUUGUUGGGAAAAACCCCACAACUAACAAGCAUCCAUCAGUCCAGAAGGCUAUUUGGCACUGCUGCAUUUACACUACUGAAGAUGUUAAAGAAGCGUGCAUGAGAUGGCAGGUAUGGUGCUCCCCUGAAUAUUGUUGUGGAGCACAACCAUUUCCCCUACGUCAAGAUAGUCAUUUCUGCCCUUAAUUCGCUUGGCUUGGUUUUGUGCUGGAUAUGCCGUUCUGGCAUAGACCUGAUAACAUGUACGAUGGCAUGUCUAGCUUGAAGCUUCAAGACGAGGACUGCCACCACCUGUUGGUUGCGACUUCACGGCGGCGGUGUGGAGAAUUAUCAGAAAGAAGAUGGUGCAAUGCUAGCUUCCAAACUCCGGCAGAUGAGGAGAACACACUGGCUGACUGGUGGUUGGCAACAAGACGCUGUUUCCGGACAAGCUACAGAACGGAUUUUGAUAGUGCAUUCAUGCUAAUUUGUUGGUUGAUUUGGAAGGAGCGUAAUGCAAAAAUUUUCCAACACGUGUCCAAAACGCUGGAUCAACUGGCGGAGGAUAUUAAAGAGGAAAUUGCUGUCUGGGGGGUGGCUGGGAUUUUCUCCCAAUUUCGCGAGUAAUUGCCAUGACUAUCUGCGGGGUUUAGCCCUGCUUUCUUUUCUCGUUCUUGGUUGGAUGGGGUCCUUCACUGGCUACCGCGGUAUUGUAAUGUCAUUGUAACAUUUUACUGUAUUUCCUCCAAAUCUUAAUGAAAUUGGUUGGCAAACCUCUCUAA